GCCUCCAUCCUCUAGUUGUGGUUAAUCGAUCAAGCGGAGCGCACUAUCGUCGCGUGCGCAUUACGACGUAAUGAAACAAUCAUGAACAGAAAUAUAUUUUUGUGUUUUUUAUUAGUGAUUUGCAAUAGUGCAUUAGGACAAAAGCUAAAAGAGCCGCUUCCGGAAUGUCCAUCAUUAGAAAAAGGGGAUACAUACACGCAAUCAGAGUUCCUCUCGCGUCUGGCACACGAGUGCCGAUACGACAGGCUUCUCCUACCUACAUACCAGACUGGAGAAGUUGUGUUUGUCCACGCCAGCGCCUACGUAUAUUUCAUACAACCGGCUGAAGCACACGAUUUGAACUUCAAAUUGCACUUCCUUCUGCAACUUCGUUGGACUGAUCGACGUCUAGCGUACGCUCUGUAUUCUCCAGAACGAACGAAAAUAAUUGGAGAAAGCGAUCUCAGAUCCCGUGUUUGGAUACCGCACUUGUACAUGUCUAACGAACAAUCGUCCAGUUUGAUGGGAACUGAUAGUAAAGACGUGCUCAUCUCAAUAGCACCAGAUGGUGAAGUGCUUUUCAGUCGUCGAAUGCAAGCUGUGCUAUAUUGUUGGAUGAAUUUGCAAAAAUUUCCAUUCGAUGUUCAAAAAUGUUCGAUGAACUUGGAAAGCUGGAAAUACAACGCAUCAAUUUUACGCUUGAUGUGGGAGAAAGAUAAUCCCGUUCGACUAUCUUCAGAGCUGCAUUUAACAGAAUACUCUCUGCUCGACUUUUGGACAAAUGAGUCGGUUGUUCGAGGAGAUAUCGUAAACAUGAGACUGGGUGGAGGUAGAUCGGGAAAUUACAGCGCUUUGAAGUUUACAUUUAAAUUGGGCCGAGAAGUGGGUUACUAUUUGAUGGAUUACUUUAUUCCUUCAAUGAUGAUUGUCGCUAUGUCAUGGGUUACCUUCUGGUUGCAAGCUGAUGCUUCAGCACCUAGGAUAACAUUGGGCACAAGUACCAUGCUGUCGUUUAUCACUCUGGCAUCAUCACAAGCAAAAACUCUUCCAAAAGUCUCCUACAUAAAAGCAAGUGAAAUCUGGUUCUUAGGCUGUAUUGGCUUCAUUUUCUCGGCCCUUGUGGAAUUCGCUUUUGUCAACACUAUCUGGCGCAGAAAAAAAGUGGUGAAUUUGAAGAAAGUGAACAGUAAAUAUAUACUGAAAAGUACAUUGACGCCUCGCCUGGCGCGUAAAGAGCUUCAGAAAGAGCUACAGUCUUCCCCUCAGCUCAGCAAGUCUCGAUCCUGUUCUUCUCUUAACCAGGACACCAGUUCUGACCCCGCAGGACCAGCAUAUAACAAUUAUCUUACAGUUCAUAGCUUCCCAUCAGCUCUCAACUUACCUACGAUAACUACGCAAAGCUACGACGAGCUCGUCCAUAGGUCUGGUGGACGGCAUAACUCCAGUGAAGGAUCAGAUGAACCCCCAAAACAUCACACAUGGACUCAAAUGACUCCACAGGAAAUCGCAACAUGGAUCGAUAAACGUUCGAGAGUAUUAUUCCCUUUACUCUUCAUAUUCUUUAAUAUUAUCUACUGGACAUUUGUGUACUGUUUGUGAAAAAACGUAAAUGCUUUACCUUUUGGUAUUGGUGUGAGUUGUAUAGUUCUAGAAAUUAAUAAAUUGGUUACACUGAGAAUUUAGACAAUAUAUUUGGAAAAUGCAACAUAUAAUUCUUUUGUUUUACCCUAACCAUGGUCUGGUGUACACCUUGCUAAAAACUCAGAAUAUAAAUUUCAUAAUAAAAAUUAAAAUAUGCAGUCGAGAAUUUAAAUUAGGAAGUCAUACAAUACUUUCCACGGUUUGAGAAUAUAAAACAAAAGACAAAUCUCCAUUGAUCGUGUUUAGUCAAACGAAUGACUUAAAUCGAAAUUUAUUCAUUUCUUUACAGUAAAAGCCAAACUCAAUAUUUAAACUACUAACACACGAACAGAUUCUAUUAAGUUAUCACAAUGGAACAAAGCGCACUAUAGGUGUGUCUAUUUUGACAUUUCAUCAUCUAAUAACAGACUUUUUUUCGAACCAACAAGUGUUGCGUAUUGGUCUAAUAUUAUUUUUAUUUAUGGCGAUUGAUUGAUGGUGUUAGUCAGUUAAGGUAAUGAGUAUUUGAGUAUUUUGGUGCUUAUAUAAUAUCUAUACGUUACUAAACGAUACAAAUUGUAAAGCCUAUCCAUAAGUAUUGUAAUCUCAUUUUCUUGGUGCUUAAAUUUUAUUUAUAUGAAAAUUAUUACAGUAUUGACUGGUUAAAUCUCAUACUCGCUAACAACAAUUUUUAUUGUAGGUACGUUUAAGUUGAAGAAAAUUGUAUACCGUCCCAGUAUUGUAAAAUUGUAGAAAUUAACAAUAUCUAAACGUUUUAAAAACAUUUAGUCGCGUCGUAGUCUUCGAAUUUUUUUACAAUAUUUUGUACGUAGAUACAUUUUUUCAUUAAUUUAAGGUAAUUUUAGAUAUGUGUACUUAAUUUAAGUUUACUUCAAGAUAUUGUAUAUAAAUACCAACUAUACUGUAAUUUAUUAAAUUAGUAUUAAUAAUAAUUAAGACAAUUUCGUCUCACGGUUAUACUUUAAUAUUAUCGUAUUAAUUCCAUCUGUAAUAACACAGUAUUUUUUUUUCAAUAAAUUUAGAAACUGAAAAAUAAAUAAAUUAUAGCUUAUCUAUGGCUGUGAAUACAAUUUCUAUCGUAAACAAAAUCGGAUUUUUCAUCUAAUAU